GCUCGCAGACGACGACGCGCUUUUCGGGUGCGCCAUCGACGCGCGGUCCGGGCACCGUUCCGCGAUUACUUUUCGACUAUGGAUGUCUUUGGUGAAUUUGGGGCUCGCGUCGCAAACCCGGCAGCGGCGGAAACCUGACGCAAACGCCCGCGAGAGGACGACGGUGUGAGGUGUGUGACCCCGGGACGGACACAACGGCAUGGGCGUGAGACCGGGCCCUCUGCUUGCGGUCUGGUUUGGGCUCGUCUGCUUCUCGUACCGGCCCGCGCACUGCAGUUGGUGGCUGCUGGGCAUGCCGAGCACGUACCAGAACAUGCUGACGCUGAAGGCGUCGGCUCACUCGGAGAACUGCCACAAACUCCGCUACCAAGUGAAGGAGAACCGGGACCUGUGCGUGCUCAGCCACCGGGCGCUGCAGACGGUGAGCCGCGGCGCCAAGCUGGGCAUCGACGAGUGCCAGUUCCAGUUCAGGGCCAGCCGGUGGAACUGCACCACUUUCCACAACAUACCAUCCGUCUUCGGAGGAGUUCUCAACGUCAUGAGCCGCGAGAAAGCGUACGUGUACGGCGUGUCGGCUGCCGGCGUGGCGUACAGCAUCACGCGGGCCUGCAGCAAAGGCGAGCUGAACGAGUGCGGCUGCGACAGCGCCAUCCGGCAGCGCAAGCCGCGCGGCUCCUGGGAGUGGGGCGGCUGCUCGGACGACAUCGGCUUCGGCGCCCAGUUCAGCCGCAAGUUCGUGGACGCCGGCGAGGACCCGGCCACGGCGUCGGGGCUCAUGAACCUGCACAACAACGAGGCCGGCCGGCGCACGCUGCGCCGCAGCAUGGAGACCGUGUGCAAGUGCCACGGGGUGUCCGGCUCGUGCUCGGUGCGCGUGUGCUGGCGCCGGCUGAAGCCGUUCCGCGCCGUGGGCGACGCGCUGUCGGUCAAGUUCGACGGCGCCACGCACGUGCACAUGACGCGCGCCGGAACCAGGGCGGGCGGCCGCAAGCGCCGGCCUCGGCUCCGGCCCGUGCUCAGGGACGUCAAGAAGCCCGGCAAGAAGGACCUCGUCUACCUCGAGGAGUCGCCCGACUACUGCACGCGCAACGAGACGCUAGCCGUGCUGGGCACCACCGGUCGCUCGUGCAACAACACCAGCUACGGCAUGGACGGCUGCCGGCUGCUGUGCUGCGGCCGCGGCUACCAGACGGUGGUGCGCGAGGUGGACGAGAAGUGCCACUGCAAGUUCGUCUGGUGCUGCAAGGUGCAGUGCCAGACGUGCAGGGUCACCAAAGAGGAACACUUCUGCAAGUGAACUGCGCGCGUCUCUUCCUCCUCAGCCUCCGCGGGGCGGCUCUAGUCCCUGGCACGCACCCGCCGCCACCGCCGCCGCCGCCAACCGCGCCGUAGACGAGCGAGGCAACAAAAGCCAGCCGCACGGACGCACGGGAACAGAAGAAGGGGGAGAGAGCCUUGUCUGAUUCCAGCGUACUACACGGAAGCGCAUCCGCGAAAGAAGCGAACGGUUCCGAGCCGACUGCUGGAGCGACCAAUCAGGACUAUCUUCACGCAUUGGAAUGUGGCCUGCCUUAACGGUGAAGGUAUCGAGUGAUCGGCAGACGGGCGGGCAGCAGUUAGAACUGCAGGAGUGAACGUACGCCGGUUAUUCAAGGUUGUUAAAGCUGCGUAGUUUGUCAGGCACUGGCACAGCGUGCGCGAUGUACUACUAUACAUAUGUCACACACUUCCUGUCUGGAGCGUUAGGUAAGUUUGUUUUGAAGCAAGGAAAGCGAUGUUUCAGUUUGAUUGCUAGGCUCAGGCGGACACUGUGCGCUGUGGUAGUCGCAUCAACAUGGAAGCCAUAUAGUUUUUAUCCCUAUAUCCCGAACUUAGCGCCGCUUGACCGCUCCAGACGUAAGUGUGGACGUCUGUACACGCAAAUCGUUCGUGCGUAGGUAACGGAAAGCAGAGGACACAGCACAUGGUACGGCAAAGCGGGAAAAUUACGACUUACGAGGCUCUCACUGCAUUAUCUCCUGGACGUCCUUCAGUAUUACAGGAAACAGUCCAGGUCAAAAUUAUAAAGACCACCGCGCUUAAGAUCAGGGCUGUCGUCGGGCGAUGUGGUCGGUUCCCUGUGGCCGUCCUCCUGCGCUAUAGGGUGGGGAGAAUAUUAUUUUUUCUCCCUCUGAUAGAAUUCAUUGGUACUGCAACCUGAGCAGCAACCUCACUAUCUAGUGACGUACAGGUGCAGUCACGCUUACAGUAGAGCAUGUACAGCGUUAACGGAUGUGGUAUCCAGAGAAGAACAGCCUUCUUCCCUCUGUGGUGUGGCUGGGAUCAAAGGAAACUCGCUUGAGAUGCUGAGUGGCGUAGCUGUAAACGUUGGCGUUAGAGCCGAGUCAACUCUGUCCGAAAGAGCGCAGCCUAAAGAAGCACCGAAAGACAGCGUUUAGAUCAAUAUGAAGUGAUAGAGGAUUGCAAAAAAUGCCUAAAGUGUAUCUUUUACUGAGAACAGAGCAUUCGUAUAAUCGAGGAAACUGCGUAAACGUCUGACAGAAUCGGCACCACCAUUGUGAGAAAUGCGGGACCAGAUCGCGGUGACAUUGUAUGUCCUUCUAAUGAUUGCGUUAGAACGUGAAAGAAAAUGCAGUUUGGGCAACUUUAUUGAACGUCCGCACAGAAGAAAGCCUGCUCUUGCGCCGACAUCCGAACGACGUACCUUCAUCGGCUUUCACUGACGAUCCGCUAUGUAAAGUUGCAAUUUUCUUAGCGACUAUGCCGUGUUUUUGCUUAAGAAAACCCCAGUGACACUCUCGGAAGACUGAUAGUCUAUCAGUGUUUAAGGGCGGACCAUAAUGGUAUGCUACCUUUUCAGAAAGUUAUCUUCACCCUUUCAUCGAGAAAUGAAAUGCAGCUCAUGGGUGGAUAAAGCGAAGGCUGAAGCCUCUUUCGUUGAUGCCAGAUGGGUUUGUCGGUGACCUAUAACAGCAGUAAACGUAGCACUUUGCAAACAAGGACUAAGAAGGAACUCGAAACAGUUGGUCCUAUCCAGUGUGUCCAGUUCCUCGUUUGUACUUCCCCGCAGCGCAAUCUCUUUGAAUUUCGCGAACGAACUGUAGCGCCUUCGGCUUUAGCCUGCACUGAAAAAUAUCGCGGUACUUUCGCGUAUUUCAAUCCUUUUGGUGCAGAAACAACCUCAAGCAUUGCAAGGUUGUGUUUCCAUUCAUCUUUUGUGCAAUGUAGCCCUUAAUUCAGUCAGCUCUGUAAUUAAACAAUAUAUCGUCGGCCAGGAGUUGCCACAGAAUAUGGCGUUACAGGAGCUGACAGUUGACAGGAACUUUAUUGAAAGGUCCCGAGGAAAAAGAUUGGGCUCCCCAAUCAAGUUGGUGGCUCCGCCCUUGACGGAACCGGGAGGUGGUGGCUCUCGGCGACGUCGCGGGCCCUCUGGACGGCCUCUCGGUGAUGCGUAAAGUCCGUGCUUGGAGCUGGCGCGAGAAUUACAAGGUCGCAUCACCGCCUGUACUUUGUUUUACACAGUUUUCGCAAAUGCGAAGUCUCUGUUCUCCGUAAAGGUUGUCUAUUCGGUACUCAGGAAGAACAAUUAGUCAAUCUAAUUCAACUUGACCUCCCUUUUAUGUUCCACCUAAUACUCACAAAGUUCCUUCCAAGCUCUUACGGCUUCAGGCGCUCACGCCGUCUAAGCGAAAAUUUGUUACGUCAGGCUGUUGCUCACUGUGUUUGGUAGGUUCGUUUGCUUUCUGCAGCAUAUACCGCGACAACUUUGGCAAGACGCGCGCGCGCGGGAAAGGUGUUGUUGCAAACGCUUAUGCAACAUGAAUCGUGUCCAGAUUAUCUUUUUAAGGUGUUUUCUUUGCAGAAGCCAAGCGAGAAAUCAUGCUUUAUGUACAUAAUUUCCUUCGAGAUCCGGACUUUGGCUUCUCAAGUUGACGGUGGCGUCAAUGGUGCCAUUUCCAGUGCGGAAGCUGAAGUGAACAAAUGUAGAAGAUGGGAAGACACCACCCAACUCCUGGCCAAUCGACCGCAACGGUACGCGAGUCGUCACCAGCAAGAAAAGCAGCUUCACCCAGUGUGUUGCCAAGAAGAAACCCUCCACACCGAAGCGAACCCUCCACACCGCAUAGCCAUUUCGUCACUCCCUCUUCUUUCAUCUCGCGUGUGUGACAGUGCAUCGUGCAUGGACGCGCGCAUAAAUCAUGCAUUAGUCAAGACCCGGCCUGUUGCGCGAUUGUUUUGUUGCACGAACCCGUAUCCCGGCAACUUUCAUCUGGAGGUCGUUCGGCCAUUGACAGCUGCCAUGGCAUACAGUAUACACGGUGUUGCAGGACUGGAGCAAUUGUUUUUUUUGUUUUUUUCUUCCUUUUUGCCUGGCGGAAGCAAAAUCCGUUCGGGGCAUUUUUUAGCACUCGUGUGCCGCUUGGAUUAUGGCGCCCUUGUUCCAGUACGCGUUUACUGACAUCGAUCUGUGAAUAUUAACAAAGAACGUGUCGAAAAUGAAGCCAGGGGCCGUAUUAUGUAACGACUUUUGUUUCUUGGAUUAUAUUCAUUUCUAACAUCCGUCACAGAGAGUGGUCUAUACUGGUGACAGCGAAGACCUGACGUCAACUAGCCAAUGAUGAAGUGAAAAAAAGAAUGGCGAAUAGAAUGAAUCCUUACUUAAUGCGGCCCAGGGUUCAUGCUACAGCGUUCUACUACUGCAUUCUACUACUGAAGCGUAAAUGGUGUGCAACCCGGAAAAAUAGGAAAAGAAACAAUUUCGUACAAAUUUGUCAUGCGGCGUAACCUACCACAACGAGAAUCGGUAAACCUACGUAUGGCGGUUCAUAAAUAUACAUGUUCAAGACAGAACUAUGGUUAAAGUAGGUAUGCGUUGCUAGAUACAUUUCACCAGUGAUGUCUCUUAACUAGAGUGUACUAGAAUGGGGGAGUGGGUCCAGCGGACGUCUCGGCAAGCGCCGAGGGUGAAGCAAAAAACGUUGAAAUUGCGGCGGCGCUGCCAUCGCCUUAUUCUGAAUCUUCUGCCAAUAAACGUUGGCUCCGGCUGUUUCGGCAGCGCUCAUUGGCUGAGGCUGAGCUCACGGACUGAGUAGCUGUCGACCGUCUGCUCGACGCACCGUCGUUGUUGCGUCGUUUGCAUUCUUUCCGCCGCUCUUUUUCCAUUUUAUUUAAAAUAGCUCGGUUGGAAAUAAUCUCAGUGUUGCCGCCACCGAGUAUCCGCCUGUCAUAGCUCCAUGCAGCUGCGGUAGGGUCUCCGACGCGACAAGCGUCCUGCCGGCGCGCGGGGCCGCUCAUUCGGGAGAAAGCGACAGUGGCGCCACCAACUUUUCCAUAAAGAAAGCCUCAGCGGGGAGCCUGCGUUGGUCCCACUUCCCCAAUCUAGUACGCUCUAUCUUAACAUAACACUUGCAGUGACGUCCACUGCAGCCGUCGUUUGUUGUCAUCAUGCUACGACUCAAAAGAAGCGUUAGCCGCUAUAGUAAGAAAGGCUCCGUGCUUUCCCAGCGACCAGCAGACCUGUCGAGAAGCCGCCAACUUUGACCGACCUUCGCUGCCCAGAACAUUUACUAAUGCUGAAAGUGUUCUCUUUGUCAUUGUAGAUGCGAUAGGCGCUUUCAGUACAUCGUCGACAAAUCGUGCAUCUUUCUUUUCGUAGCGAAAGAAGCAAGAACUGUCCGGACGGCUUCUUGCUUGUCAUUUUUUUUAUAUGUUUAUGUGUGUUCACUCCCCAUUGUUCCCACUGACAUCGUUUUUAUUUAAGAGAAUCAAGCUAACAGCAAACUCUCGUAAAUGGCGUCGACACAUCCCUCCAACUGCACAUUUCACAUUUUUCGACCUAAUCAAACGAAUUGCUCCACUUCUUUCUAGUGACUGUAGAGGGAAGACCAAUAAAAUCGCAGAUCAUAAACCAUUCA